UGUCUGCUUCUGUCACUACAAACUGUCAGAGGAUGCAUGUCAGCUCAAGGCAUGGGAAGAACAUAUUUUUUCUCUAUUUCACAGCAGGACUGCUGUGUUGCAUUUGUACAGAUGAAGGAAAGACAGCCGUGAAAGCAAAAGAGAGAGCAAAUGUCACCUUACAGACAAGGGAAAAUCUAACUAAUGCCCAGAUAAUGUGGACUUUUGGAUCUGAAAACCCAAACAUGCUACUUGCCACUGUAAAGAAGAGAGAGAUGAAGAGUGACUAUGAUGAACGUUUUAGAGACAGACUGCAACUGGAUAGUCAGACUGGAGCUUUGACCAUCACACAGCUCAGAGUCCUCGACUCAGGCAUUUACAUGUGGCAGGCCAUCGGCAAUGAUAUCUUGUUGAAGCAGUUCAACCUGACCGUCUAUAGUUCUGUUGCUUCUCCAUCCAUAACAGUCAGUUCAUCUUUGAUUAGCAAAAGUUGUUCCUCAGUCACAGUGGAGUGCUCAGCGCACAAUAGCCAAGACCUGAUCCUCUCAUGGUACAAAGGGGAGGGAAGACUGAAAAAUACAAGCAGUCCUGAUUUGUCCUCCAGACUGUAUCUACCUCUGGAAAUAGAAUCCCAUGACAAAGAAAACUACAGCUGUGUAGCUGAAAACCCUGUUGAAAAAAAGACCACCAAACUAACCAGAGAGGACACAAAUCUGAAGAUUGAGUCUGGAGAGCCCGGAAACUGGUGUCAGACUGAAGCUACAGUAAGACUGGUUAUCUCUGCUGUCUUUGGCAUGGCCUUAAUUAUUCUUGUGGUGGACCACAUCAGACUCAGAAGAUAAACCAUGUGUGUGCUACUGCUCUCAAGACAUGAAGAUCUCAAGCUUCACCAUGGACCCAAAGUUUUGGUGUUUUGCUCCUUGAGCCACUUAGUUAUCACUUUGCUUUAUGACACAGUGCUCUGUCAUACUGGAAAAGGCAUGGUUUGUCAUCAAACUGUUCUUGGAAAAGAAGUUGCUGUCUAAGGAUGUUUUGGUGCCAUUCUUUAUUCAUGGCUGUGUUCUUUGGCAAAAUUGUGAGUGAGCCCAUUCCCUUGGAUGAGAAGCAAUCCUCACAGUAAUGGCCAGAGGGUGCGUUACUGUUGGCAUGACACAGGAUAGCACUCACCUUUUCUUCUCCAGACAAUCAUUUUUCUGGAUGGCCCAAACAAUCUAUAAAGGGCUUUAUCAGAGAAAUGCCAUUAUCCCAGUCUUCAGGAGUCC